UUGGCAUCACUAAUUAAAACGUCAAAAAAGGACGCUUGCAGAAAUUUGAAAAUUUAUAAAUUUAAUUUUACAAUACGUAUUUUUAAUUUUUUUAAUUAAUUGAAUGAAAUAAUAAUUAUGAGUAAUAUUAGUGAUAAUAGUGCCGUAAAAAUAGCAGUGCGCGAAAGGCCAGCUAGAGAACAUUUAAAAAAUAAUUUUCAAUCUAGUGUUAUUACUUAUCAUCCCAAUGGAAAUAACAUAAUUGUUAACGAAGCAGUUUUUACAUUUGAUCAUGUUUUGGGACCAGCCGUAACUCAGAAAGAGAUUUUUGACAGUUUGAUUAAGCCGCUGGUGGUCAAUCUGAAGCUGGGAUUCAACUGUACUGCCUUGGCAUAUGGUCAAACCGGCACUGGUAAAUCUUACACUAUGGGACUUGAUUCUAAGAGUUUUGAUGGGGAAGAUGUUGGGGUUAUUCCACGGUGUUUGAAAGAAAUAUUUUCAACUGCGGACUUAAUUUCAGAAAAUGAAGAAAAUAAGAAACUUGUUAAUAAUUCAUCAACAAAAAUGGAGAUUUUAGCAUCAUUCAUUGAAAUUUACAAUGAAAAGGUUUACGAUUUAUUAGGAGAAAAUACAAAUGAACCAAUUAUUGCCAAAGGUUACAAAUAUACCGGAGGAACUCGUAAAACUUUAAAUAAUCUUGAUGAUUGUCACGCUAUACUAAUGCAAGGCAAUAAAAACCGCCAUGUACGUCCCACUAAAAUGAAUUCACAAAGUUCACGUUCUCAUGCCAUAUUCACAAUACACGUUCGUUCCAGAACACAAAAAGAUAGUGGUGGCGAAUCUAUAACUACAUCGUGUAUGAACAUUGUUGAUUUAGCCGGAUCUGAAGGUGUUAGACGUACUGGACACCAAGGUGUGGCAAUGUCAGAAGGUGUACACAUAAACCAAGGGUUGCUAUCAAUUGGAAAAGUUUUACAGGCAAUGACCACAGGCAGCAAAGUGAUACCAUACCGGGACAGUGUGUUAAGUUCUGUAUUGCAAGAAUCCUUAAAUUCUAAUUCAUAUCUGACCUUAUUGGCAUGUAUUAGCCCACAUCGUGAAGAUUUAAGUGAAACUUUAUCAACACUGAGAUUUGCCCAAAAUGCCAAACAGUUGAAAAAUACACCAGAAAUAAAUAAUAUUAUUGCUGAUAUUAAGAAAAAUGCCAAACUAAAGCAGACACCUUAUAAAUCAAAACCUUUACAAAUAAAUAAUCCAAAGGUUACGCCACUAAAACGUUCCUACUCUACACUAUAUGGCACACAAGUGAAAUCGUCCAUAAAAAGCAAUACCUUUUGUACUCCAAAAAAGCAACGGGUGGAGGUAAAUAAAUGCAAUCAAACAGAAAUAUCCAGCAAUUACAAAAAACCAAAAUUAUCAAAUGUUGAAAUGAAUUUGCCUAAAAUGGGUCAAUUAGAAUCUACGCAUAAUCGGGAAUCCAUGUUUAACCGGAGUUUAGAAUCAAAUGGUUCUCUGCUAAGCCUUAAUAUAUCAACUUCAACUGCUGUCGAUGGACAUGCGUACAAAAGAAACACAAAUUUUAGUCCAAUUAUACGCAAGUGUAUAGCAGAGUUGAAAAAUGAUUUGGAAGAUAACCUAAUGAAAAUGAUACAAAAAAAUUUACAAACGCUAGUGCCUCAAACACCUGCUCCCGCCCCUGCACCAACUCCACAAAAUCAAACUAAUCUGCCCUCUACAAUACGCCAGGAACUUAAAAAUAUUAUGAAGGAAGUUCUGUCUGAAAAAGAUGGCCAUAUUAGUCCUUUGAAAACCAAUGCUAAAUGCCAAUUAUUUAACAAUAGCGAUGAUCUAUUUAAAAUUCCUGAAAUUCCUUCAGAAGUUCAUAGGCCAAAGACUUCAAGUCCAAUUACCAAUAGCAAAGACUCUUCAGAACCAUCAACAUCGUUCACCCAAACUUUCUUUGCUGGUGCUACAAACUCUGAUAAGACUGUACUAAACAAAUCUAUACGACGUUCAAUUCGUAUCUCUGCGAGACAUCAUGAUGAACAAUCAUUGAUUGCAAAUAAUACUUCACUGGAAAAUGCCAAUCAAUCAUUACGCCGAAGUUCGCGUAAAUCAGUUUUAAAAAUGUAUCAAGACAAACGUCGAAGUAUACGUUUGGCCACACACAAUGAAAGUAUUACAACUGAAGAUAAACCAGAAAGAGAGAAAGUAUCGAAGACUGUAAAGAAACUAAAUAAAUCAUCAAAAGGAAAUGCAAUAAAUAAUACUAUAAUAGAUGGUUAUUGUAACGGUUCUGCAUCGACAAAUACCAAGACUAGUUUAACUAAACAUCGUAAAGCAAUUUUAGAUCUACUGAAUAAAGGAUCAAUGAAAGAAUUGCAAAUUUUGCCUCAAGUUGGUCAAAAAACAGCUUAUCAAAUUGUUACGCAAAGAACUCUCAACGGGAAAUUCAAAAGUGUGUCUCAAGUGGAAAAACUACCUAUUUGGCGUGGAAACGCUUGGGAACGCUUUGCUCAGGCGAAUAUGUUAAUAUAACAGUAUGCAGUUAUGUACACAAUAUUAGUAUUGCAAUAUCUCCCAUCUCCUACACAUUAUACUACAUUUUAAUUUUAAAUUUGUUAAAUUUACGAUUUUUAAUUUUUUAAUAGCGCUUUAUAAUAAAGUUUAAUUGAACUUGUAUUUUUUAUAAUAA